UAUGAUCAGACCUCACUCUUCCUCUCCCCCUCUCACAUCCCUCCGUCCAAACUGUAGAUAUAGCUUUAAGAACAACGAUUUUAGGAAAACUGAGGACUCCGUUAUGGUGGUGUCUCUGCUGCUGUCUUCUCCUGCGCUCUCUCUGGUCAAGAGAUAGUAUGUGGAUGUUAAAUAUACCCGCUAUUUGACUGGAUUACUACUGAUAAAGACAGCUCCAAGGAGUCCGGAUACGCUGCCGCCACCUUACACAUGUGGGGUAGUGAUGUGUGGCUGUUGUAGGUGUGGUUAUGGACAGAGGUGAGGGAGGGAGAGGAAGGGAUGGAGACAGAGAGGGAGGAGAGGAGAGAGAACGUGACACCAGCCCCAAGCCAUUAACCCAUCCUCUCCUGAACCUGGAAGUGAUUCCCUGGGAGGGGUUGUCCUCUCAUACCUCAGCCCCGGCCCCUGCCAAAGAGCCCCCCAUCCUGACCCAGACAGAGCAAGGGCGUGUAGAGGGGACCGCAGGCAGAGAGAUGACCCCAGGAUGGGAGAGGGGUGGAGACUCUAGUGGAGAGAAACUCGAGGAAGAGGAUGAGAAACUGAAGGAGAAGAUGGAGAAAGAUAGGUUGUUACUAGAGGAUGACAGAGAGGCAAACGUGGUGAGAAGGAAACCUGCAACAGCCCUUAGCAGCAAACACGGAGGAGAGGAAGACAAUGAGAGGGAUGAGACAGAGGAGGAGGAGAGGGAUGAGGCCACCUCAAACCAAAGCCAAACCAAAUCUAAAUGUAGUGUAUUACCUCGACAGAGCCGGCACAGCUCUGCUUCCAGCCGUGUUAUAACCAUUUCUACACUGAACAGCAACACACACAUCGCUCCUUCCUCUUCUCCAAAGCGCUCUACCUCUCCAAAGCACUCUACCUCUCCUAUCUCUCCUAUUACUUCUCCAAAGCUCUUCACUUGUCCAUCUCUCCAAAACUCUCCAAAGCUUUCCUAUUCUCCUUCAAAUUCUCCAAAGCGCUCUACCUCUUUUUCUGCCUCACCUUCUCAGAGCGAGGCAGAGAUGAGAGACACAGGGAAAGAGCAGGGCAGUAGUCUGGGUGUUCCUCUGAGCUUUAAACUGCAGCCGUCUACCCUGUCUGAGAGUGAUGCCAGGGCAGGCACCGCUUACCCUUCCCUUAUAGCCAAUGGAGAUGCCGCCAAAGUUCCAAAACCAAACAAAAACCCACUAGAGAGAAAGGGAGAUGAGGAAAUUGAAAAAGGAGAAGAAGAGGGACAUGGAGCGAGAGAAAGAGGGGAAGAUGAGAAUGUAGAGGCAGUUUCAAAAUACCUCCACACCUCUCCCUCCUCUCCUUCCUCACCCUCGUCUCCCACCUCACUGAACAGUCACAUGGCCUUGUUGCACUCCCGGAACUCCUGCAAGACGCUAAAAUGUCCCAAAUGUAACUGGCACUACAAGUCCCAGCAGACACUGCAAACCCACCUCCGAGAGAAGCACCCUGAGUCCGGGACCUUGUGUGUGUGCGGGGGCUCCGGGGAGAAGUGCAUGUGUGGGGAAUCAAGGGACGUGUGUGUGUACUGUAGCACCGGCCAGGCUCACCCUCGUUUGUCCCGGGGCGAGAGCUAUGUCUGUGGCUACAAGCCCUACCGCUGUGGCGCGUGUGACUACGCCACUUCCUCUAAGGGGAACCUCAGCAUACACAUGCAGUCAGACAAACACCUGAGCAACGUGCAGGCGGCAGGGCACGCCCAUCCCGCACAGAGCACGCGCACGCAUUCCGCCAUCCCCCAGCCGCCCGCCCCCGCCGCCCCCGCUCACCCCAGCCAACCCCACCCCAGCCAACCCCACCCCCAGGGGAAGAGGUGGCGCUGCGAGGUGUGCGACUAUGAGACUUCCAUUGCCCGGAACCUGCGCAUACACACCACCAGCGAGAAACACACGCAGAACGUGCUGCGCCUGAAGCACACCCACAGCGUUCUGCAGUUGCAGAGGAGCUUCUACCUGGCUCACUGCAGGAGUCUCCCGACUCAGCCGCCGGCACGGCGCAGCCCAGGUGGGGAGCGGUCUACGGACAUGGAUCUGCUUGCAGCAGAGGAUCCAGUCGCCCCUGAGUCAACGCUGACCCCCUCCCCCUCUCCGCCUCCCUCCUCCUCGCCAUCCCCUUCUCCCUCCCCCUCGCCCCCUCCCUCCAUCUCUAAGUCUUUGUCUUCUCCGCUUUCCCCUGGUAUUUUCCAGUGCUUGGUGUGUUCCGCUUUCUCGUCUGACACUCUGGAGUGUUUGGGAUCUCACCUAAGCACCGCCCGCACCCUGCCCCAGUCUGAGUGGCGCUCUCUGGUGGCUGGAGGCUGCUACUGCAGGCUGUGUGGCUACAGCACCCCUCUCAGGGCUAACUUCACCCUGCACUGCCAGACAGACAGACAUAGGGCCCGCUACCAGCUGGCUGCCCACCUCUGGGAGAGAGGCGAGACGGGGGAGGCUGUGGACUGGGAGAAGGUUGGGAAAUUGGUUGCUACAGGAAACCCUGUCCAGCUGAGAUGCAACGUGUGUGAAUUCCAAACCACCAGUCUGGAGAAAAUGAAAAUCCAUAGCAUCAGUUCCCAGCACCAGGCCAGCCUAACAGUCUACAGGUUUUUACAGCAGUAUGACAGCGCAGUGGAUGCAGACUCCUGGUCGUUUCACUGUCUCUUGUGUAACUACUCCUCUCGCUCUAAACUCCAUCUACUGAGACACACCCAUUCCCUGGGUCAUCAGAAGAAGGAGGAACUUCACAAAUUGCCAUUGUUGAGGGGGAGGAGCCUGGAGGAAGGGGUGGAGCUCGCAGCUAUAUUCACCAUUCGAAAGUUUUCCAGCCCUGAAACAGAUGGAAGCAGUGAGGAGGAGUGGGAGAGAAGAGAUUGCCUAUCCCCAGCCAAGCGAUCAUUCUCUGGGUUGGAGGAGACCCAGUGCUCCCUUUCUCCGAAAUGCCCUAGACCGGACCACGUCGCCAGUCAACAACGGACGACUGCCAAGUGUCCACUGUGCCAGGCCUCACUGGAACACAGACACCUGAGAUGUCACCUCACAGUCACACACAGCGUGGCCCAGGACUGUGUGGACAAGCUCAUGAGCGUGGUGUCAGUGGAGCUGCUGGAGAGUCUAGAGGAAAAGGCACAACGGAUGGAGUCCCCCUCAAACGACUCAAACGAUUCAAAUGAUUCCAACUUAAACGGCUCUUACACCAAAGAGCUCCUCUCAAAGGAGAAUCAAACAAACAACUCCUAUAGAAAUAGUGAUGAAGUAAUACCAGCCAAAGAUGCCCCUACUCAACUCACCCCUCCCUGUGAGGACAAGCAGCCAGCAGAGGAUAACCCCUCUCACCCCAUAGAGUCCCCCAGCUCUCCCCCAUCCCCCGCUCCUCUCCCUCUCUCCACCAGCCAUCUCCCCUCACCAGCCUUAUCUUCCUCCCUUACUAACGAUGCUGUGCCCUUCUCUGAUCGUCAUGGUUACAAGUUCCGCUGCGGUAAGUGCAGUCUGGCUUUCCAGACGCAGGAAAAGCUGCAGCUGCACUGGCAGUACCACGCCAUGAGGGCGGCGACGGAGUGCCAUCUCUGUUCUCGCCGCUGCCGCAGCCAAGAGGCCCUUCAGAGACACCUCAUCAACACACACCUGCAAGAUCUACAGGAUUCCCAUCUAGACCAGAGUGGAGCACAUGUCCAACAACCAACCAUCCUCGAAGGGGAUGAAGACGAUGGAGAAGGCAUGAGUGAAGAAGAGCUGGAUAUGAAAGAGGAAGUUGAGGGCGAAGAAGAUGAUCUGGAAGAGGAGGAGAGGCCCAGUCAAGAGGUUGAUGAUAGUGGUCAGGAUGAAGGGCAGCCCUUCAUUAAGGGCUCCAACCAAACAGUGGAACGCUUCCUGGACCCGGCUCGGCCCUACAAGUGUUCUGUCUGCUGUGAGUCCUUUACCCAGAAAACCAUCCUGCUGGUCCAUCAGAACUCUGUGUCCCACCUCCACCGAGUCAGACGGGCUCUGCAGGACUCCAGCCCUGUUCCUUCUGAGACCCUCCAGGGCAUGGACCCCAAACCGUCCCGCUGCAGCCCAGCCCCUGACCCCAGGCCCUACCGCUGCAGAAUGUGUGGGGUGGCCUACAGCCAGAGUUCCACCCUGGAUAUCCACCUCCGUUCCGUGCUCCACCAGACACGUGCCCGUGCGGCUCGGACACAGCAACCACUGAAGCCCCACAGCCAGCAAACUCUUGUGCCAGCCUCAACCUCGACAAAGGUUCCGUAUGCCCAAGUCCCAGCUCUGGUCCAAGCCCAUAUCCCGGCCUCCAGCCCUUUACAUGAAGGAGGGGAGGUGUCCACCAGCAGGCCAGGUCCUCCCUCAGGCUCCCCAAGCCUCUGUACUUCCCUGGGUGAAGCCCCGCUGAAUGUCAUGGUCUCUGGGCAGGCUGAGGGCCAUCAUGCUAAGAGGAGGAGAGUAGAUGACCUGACAGUAUCUAGGGGACAGCAUGACCUCACAUUACUCCAACAGCAGCUAGCUCAAGCCCAGUUAUUACAGCAACAGCAGCAAUUAACCCAGGCCCAGAUACAGCAACACACAGCCCUCCUCCAGCCCCAGAUCUUUAGUCCAACACUGCUGCCCCAUCUCCCCUUGCUGAAGCAACAUCUCCCUAAAACACCAGAGAACCUCCAACAGGGGAACCUCCUGCCUCACCUCUCGUUCUCCCCAGACAGCCUAUUCUCUCUGCAGCAGCAGAUGCUACUGUCUUUCUACCUCUCUGGAGGCUUGCAGCUCAACCCCAACACAACCAUUAAUCAGACCACCUCAGAUCUAGCUCCUCAGACCACCUCAGAUCUAGCUCCUCAGACCACCUCAGAUCUGGCUCCUCAGACCACCUCAGAUCUGGCUCCUCAGACCACCUCAGAUCUGGCUCCUCAGACCACCUCAGCCCCGUCCUCUCAGACCACCUUAGGUCUGGCCCCUCAGAAGAGGGGUCAUGAACUUCCCUCUACAAAUCCAGAGACAACUAGUGUCUAUGUUCCAGCUCGCACCCCAGAAUGUGAGACCCUGGUUGAGACAGCGGACAGUAACUGCACUCUUGAGCAAACAGAGAAAGAGUACAACCCAUCUUCCCCUCUGGAGGGAGCAGGAGAAAGAGAUGGAGAAAUGCAUGACCGUGAAAAGAGGGAAAGAGCAGAGAAGGCCCUCAGAGUUCUUCUGGAGAGAUACGGCUGGGAGCUGGCCCUGCAGUCCACUCAGAGCAGACAGAGACAGCAGCACCGGCCGGUGGAGGGAAGCCCAGAGAAGAAGGACGAGAAGCCGUGUGGAGAAUGUGGCAAACUGUUCUCUGACUCACUGAUUCUGAAGAGCCACCAGGAGUUUGUUCACUGCCAAAUGAUCCCGCCUGUUGAGUUGGAGAGAUUCUCCAGAAAGUACAGGCUGCAGUAUGACCGCCUUUACCCCCUCACACCUUUCACACCAGGGGGCCCUUCUGCGGCACCCCUGACACCAGCUUCAUCACCUGAACCUGCACACCUGCCCCCUGCACCGGCCUCAGAUUCCAACCUGGAUCCAGCCCUAUCCAUACCCCAAGCACCACCCUUCUCCACCCUUGCUCCAGUCCCAACAAAAGAGCUAGCCCCAACACAAGAGCUAGCCCCAACACAAGAGCUAGCCCCAACACAAGAGCUUGCCCCAACACUAGACCCAGCUCAAACCACAGCUGCAACCUUAACAUUCAAAGACCUAGCCUCAGCUGUACCAACACCUGCGACUGUGCCUGCAAUCCUGUCCCCAGCCCAAGACCCAGUCAUUCCCCUCCACACAGCUCUACCAUCCCCCUCUCCUCCUCCACAUCUACAGCAGCAGCAGCAGGAAAUUAGCACAACAACAACCAGCCCUUGCCCAAAUUAUCUAGCUGUCACACCCCAGCUCAAACUCUCCAUAUCUCCUCUUCCCCUACCCCAACUCCCCCUGCCCCCUUUAGCCAAUCUCCCCCUGCCCCAUAUUCCCUUCGCCAUGGACCCUCCUCUCCUCCCCUUUGGUCUGAUGCAGCCCAUGGCCCUCCAGUCUGUACUUCAGUACCACUCCCUGUUAUCACCCGGUCAUCCGCAAUCCCUGUCUUACCACGCUACCACACACACUACCCAUAACCCACCUCUAGCACCGUACUGUAACACACACUCUGCUCCAAGCCCAGCCCUGCCCUCUAUGAAGCGUAGGUCAGAGGAAGGGCCAAAUACAGGGUCUCUAGGUGACUUGGCCAGUGAGAGAUAUGAUGGGGCUGAUAGAGAGGUAGAAAGGGAUGAGCAGAGGCGGGAUAGGCGACAGAGGACCACUAUCAGUGCCGAGCAGCUAGAGGUUCUGUACCAGCGCUACAGUCUGAACUCCAACCCGACCCGCUCUGUGCUAGAGGGCAUCACCAGGGACACAGGCUUGAAAAAACGUGUGGUUCAGGUGUGGUUCCAGAACACCAGGGCUCGUCAGAGGAAGGGCCAACUCCAGACCAUGGGAAGAGGAGAUCUGGGCAUGGUUGAGAACAACAGACGCUGUCCGUUCUGCAGGGCUCUCUUCAAAGCUCAGAGUGCCCUGGUUGCCCAUGUGAGGGCCCGCCAUUGGUCCCAGUCGGACAGAGCUGCUCAUGGCCUGUCUCCUCACAUAGGUUCUGCUGACGACUUGGGCUUCUCCAACAAUCAUGGUUCAUCACUUUCCCCUCUCACAACCAUGGUUCCCUCUCUCUCCCUCCAUCCUUCUCUUUCUCCGGUCUUUCAUCCGUCCCCAAGCCCCUUUCAUCCCCCCACAAGCCCUGGCGUCGGCCCUGCUAAAAAAAACGAAGCCUUUGGGAAGAAUGAAUUGACCUUUGACCUGAACCAACCCGACAUAGAAGAAGAGGAAGAGGAUGAGGAAGCUCUGUCUACAAAGAUAUCGCCUUCACCUGAGCGGGCUCAAGAUGGUAACCGUAGCGAUCUGUUGUCUUUGGGGUACAGUUAUGGGAUGGCGAGCUUCAAUGUUCAAGACACCGGUCUGUCUGAUAGUGUGGAUAAGAAUGGACCAAGGCAGCAGCAGCAACAGCGGCAGCGCACCCAGAUGACCCCCCAGCAGAUCGCCCAGCUGAGAGCCUGCUACAGGGAUCACCCCACCCCCAGCCCACAGCAGUGUGAGGGUCUCGGGCAGCAGCUGGGCCUGCCACGCAGGGUGGUGCAGGUGUGGUAUCAGAAUGCCCGAGCCAAGGAGAAGAGGGCUAGGAGCCUCCGGGUGGAUCCGACCACAGGGUAGUGAGGGAUAGACUGUGGACAGGGGAGAGAACGCAAACAGCCAUGAACUAAGUGCACGUCAGUCAUUACUGUUUACUAACCACACACACAGCGAAGAACCAACUAGAUGCCACAGAAGCCAAAGAGCAUUCUACCCGUGUAACUCACACCCUCCUCAGCCCAAAAACAUCAGAGGGAAGCUUUAAGACACCUCCUUUCCUCUCCUGUCCUCCGACCAAUACCUCAGGAGUUAAGCCCUCCAAGGAAACAGAUCUCCUAUUCCAGACCAUAUAAUCUGGAGACCCAGAAAAGAGUAUGUGUCCUGUCCUCUUCUGUUGAAAGAGGUUACUAGUGUUGUAGUUAAUUCUGGUGUAAGUAGGAACAGACUCUAGCAUACUGUUAAAGAGGUAGUCUGACAUUUUAGUGCGUAGAGCAUUCUUUCAAAGUAAAAUAAAAACAAAACAAAAUUCAAUUAAAAAAAGAAUUAAUAUUCUUCACAAAGAUCUUCUGCAAAGACUGGCUUGGAUUCCAAAGCUCGUAACCAAAACCGUACAUGUCUGUGGAUUGUGUUGUCAAUAUUGUGGUUUUCAUUCCCAAACUGCAGAACAGAGCAAACCGUGAAGGGUUGAACUGUGUACCAACCGAUUGACUGUGGUGCCAAAACAGACAUCAACCUUCUCAAGUUAAUAGUUACUCUACUGCACAUGUAGAUGUACUGAACGUUCCUUAUGUGGAUAACAGGCCAAAUAGCACUGACCUAAGUUCACGUUGUCCUUCGUGAGUGAGAAGUAAUAUAGAAGCUAUUUUGAUAAUGUUCGACCAAUAUCUGUCAAAACAACUUUAACCAAACACUACACAACAUUGCCUGUGUUUAGUAAAUGUUAAUUAAUAUGAAUAUUAUGGAUUGACGUUGUUGUCAUGCUUUGAUAAGAAGUGUUAUUUCGUGUUUUAUGAGAACAUAAUGUAGGCUUUAUGAUGUGGAGUUGAGGUAAAAUGUUGCCUUUUUCUUCCUAUCUCAGUAAAUCCCAAUAAGUUGUGUAAUAUAUUGUUAUGACUACUAUUCUCAGGCCAACUGAAAUGUUUUUUAUUUUGGUCGUAUUAUUGUACUUCUUUCUCAUCUGUUUCUAACGCUUGACAAAAUCUCUUUUUUUUUAAACUUAUGAUGUAAAUGCUAAUUCUAAAGAAUCCUUUCUGGAUUGGACAGAUCUGAGCUUUCUGACCAAGUGUUAAAUAGUGUGAGGAGUAAAUUUACAGUAUGUAGUUUUUGGUUGACGCAGAGUCUUCCCUCAGACUGCUUGUCUGACCACACUCAUUGAUAUAUACUGAAAGAGUUACUGCUGAAAAAUGAGUUAUGUCUAUUGUUUGCACUUAACUCUCUACCACACUUUAACCAUCUCUCUCUCUCUCUCACCCUGCUUUGUUAAUCUGCAUCUGCAGUCUUUUUAUUCUCUAACUGUAACAAUAUUGCUAUAGUAAUAAUGGUAACAAUAACAUUAAUAACUAUGGUAUUAUCUAAUGCUUUAAAACACAACCCAAAGACAUAACAACACUGUAACUAUUGGUGCAUAAACCCCACAGAAACACUUGAUAAUGUAACAUUGAUUGUUAGAAAGAAAGAGUGACUGCUGUUAUCUGCCUUUUUACCAGGCCACUGACUGUAUAAUGAACCUCCAUGAAAACCAAAACCUACUUCUGUACUAGGAUGGGGAGCACAUCUCAAAGCCAAACGCUACAGGCACUAGGGCUCUCAACUAAACCUAGCCCUGACAGCACUCAGCAGGGAACCUAACCCAGUCUCUAGUGCACUAGCUUGGGAACUAACCCCAACCCUUUGGGCAGUCAGUAGGGAACCCAGCCCAGUCUCUAGUAGUUUAACUUGGGAACUAACCCCAGCCCUUAGGGCAGUCAGUAGGGAACCCAGCCCAGUCUCUAGUAGUUUAACUUGGAAACAAACCCCAGUAUGUAGGGCACUCCUUAGGGAACCAAAACCUGUCCCUCGUGCACUUAAUUGGAGUGUACUCAAUAGGGAACCAACCCCAGCCUUUGGUCUACUCACUAGGGAACUAUAUCAUAGCCAUUAUUGUGUGUAAAGCGGUUUCCCUCCUCAAUGUAAAUGUCUUUGUGAGCAGGUCAAAUGUUCAUUUGAGGACAUCCAGUUCGCUGCUAACAUGUUUUGUAAUACUUUCAUAACUACAAACUGUUAGAACACCCGUGAUGCUGUUUAUAACCUGACCUUGUGAUGUUAACAAAAAAUAUAUUGAUCUCUAGUAUUUACUCAUGCAGAUAUGUGUUACUCUGUGGAUGAGUGGUUUCGAAACAAAGAUACAAAGAAGAUACAAUGAUACUACAAAGAUAAGAUACGUCUAUACUAAAGAUGCUACAUAGACAUUGCUAUGGCAGAUUUCAUUGUAUCUAGCUGAGAAACCUUCCACUGGUAUGUUUACCAGUUGGUUUCUGCUCCUGUGUCCCUGGUUGGUUUUGCCAUGUAGGUAGCCAUGUAGGUAGCCAUGUAGGUAGCCAUGUAGGUAGCCAUGUAGGCAGCCAUGUUUGUCUCUGCUUUAGUCCAAGCGACAUUUGUCACCAUGUAGCCACAGUGGUUUGGUAGCCAUGUAGUCGUGUAGCUGCACGGAUUGGAGCCAUGUAGUAAUGUAGCGAUACUGUCACCCAAGCUAACCUUCCAAAGGAUGCGGACUCACCCUGCUUUCCCUUUAGCUCUAUAACUAACCAAUGUUUACCACAAUACCAAUGAUCUUUCUUCUCCAUCGAAUUUCCAAAUACUGUACCACUUGGCAGUUAUGUACAUAUCGUUGUUUUAUUCUUUUUCCUCAUUUUCUUAAUGACUGUACAAUGUAGAUAUUGUGUUGUUUACUGUUCCUGGAGGCUGUUGCCAUAGUGAUAACCAAAAGAUUCCUGUGUUGUGCACCUGUUCCAGGCUCCUGCUCCAGUGGUUUUGUUGGUUUGUUAUCCCCAGUUUUACGGAUGUGUGUUAUUUUACCUUCACCCUCCAUAGCCACUGAGGUAAAUAAAGU